AUGGCGAGGUCGUACAAACACGCGCCUAAUUCCGAGGCUCUGAUGAAAACUGUUGUUAAAGCCUGUGUUUACGAAAAAGCUGAUGUGUUGGAGACUUUAUUGGUCAGAGGUAAAAUCACCGCUAACAUGAACAUCCCGUUUACAAUUAUUGAGAAUCUGGAAAAAUAUUUUCAGUACAGACGAGGAAAAAAGUUAACGAGAGCAACCCCUCUCCAAGUGUCUGCAAAACUUGGUAGCCCGCAGUGCAUGCGUGUUCUGAUUAGGCAUGGGGCUGAACUCGACAUUGAUGUGCCUUAUUUUUCGCCGAUGACGAUUCUUUGCCGAUCCCUUCCGAAGAGUCCGGAAUUUAUGGGACGAUUCGGGCAAUGUAUUACAAUACUCGUUAACGCGGGUGCCGAUUUGCACCAUCUGUGCGCGAAUGCUGGUAAUUUCAUCGACGAAUAUUCAAUCUUGCAUUUGUUGGUACGAAACGGGAUGGACCCUAAAGUUGUGGAGAUUGUCGUGUCACAUGGUGUUAGACUCAACUUUCCCGAUUUUAACGGAUGUGUUCCAUUACAUUAUGCAGCGACUUUGCAAGGGCGUGUGGUAGCACCGUACGUGGAGGCCCUGCUGAAGUUAGGUGCUAAUCCGAACAAACAGGAUUCAAACGGAAAAAGUCCCAUGUUACUAUUUGCUGAGUGCCAGGACUCCGAACUGGCACUGGCAAGAAUGUACGAACGCAGUGGGAAUCCAAGCAUCGCUGACAAGAACGGUCAAAAUGCUCUACACCUCGCUUGCAAACAACUCAAGUUAAGAAAUAUAAGUUUUCUAGUUGAAAAAAUUGCUGACGUUAACUCUAAAGAUUUAGAGCAUAAAACGGCCGCGGAUUUAUUGUUUUUUAACAUAAACCAGUGGAGAGCGGGGUACAACGAAUCCGAUCUCAUUAGCUGUGUGAUGAAAUUGCUGGGCCACGGAGGCAUUGUAUCGAUUGGCGUUGUACAGCACCAGCUUAUCCAGUACUUACGAAUCAAUGACCAGAACUUCCAUCUCCCGUACCCUCUCGCAAUUUUAGACAUGGUAGUGAACAUUCAUCCAUUUAUCAAUCUCUGUAGCGUCAAGCACAAACUUGCCCACUUGAACCACACUUUACCUGACGACGUCCGUCGGUUUUUUGAACGGCUCUGUUCCUGGAAUGGACCACGCUCGCUGCAGCACCUUAGUCGCUGCGUGAUUCGAAAGUGUUUAGGGCGGCGAUGUGGCGAAGCAGUCCACAGAUUAAGUCUGCCGAAGGAGCUUCAUGCAUAUUUGAGUUUAUGCUAUAAUCCAGACGUUAAUUAG